GCGAUGAUGAUGAUGAUGGCGACGACGACAUUGAUGAGGAUAAUGAUGAUGACGAUGAUGACAACAGCGACGAUGGUCAUGAGGAUGAUGGUGAAGAUAAUCAAGAUGAUGAUGAUGAUAUUAGUCAUGCCGAUGUUGAUGCUAAAGAUGACGUUGGUGUGCAUCACGCAAAUGGUGAGGCGGCCCCAGAAGAAAUUAACGAAGAACAAGAACUAGAAAAUGGCGAGACGGUGACUGCAACGGAAACGAUGUCAGACAACGUAAUACCCGAACAAGAGGACGAGGAGGGUUCUUCCCCUGUCAACCCAUUUGAUAUAGUAACAGAGAACCCAACAGAAUUUAAUGACGAAUCUACGACGACCACAGAGGAAGAGUAUGCCGAGUACAGCAACGAUACUAUUGACGUCAUCGGGAAGGAAUUGGAAUCUAGCGAGAUAGGUGAAAAUGACGUUAACAAAGAGGAGCACGAAGAAUUUGAAGAGAGAUAUGACGACGCCAAUGACGACGCCGAUGCUGACAGUGGUGAUGACGAUGAAAACGAUUGUCAAGAAUAUGAUAAGGGAGACAACAACAACGGGAAUAAUGCCCAUAAAACAAACAUCGUUGGUGAAGAGAGAAGCGAUACCGACAUUAACGAGGUCGGGCAAGCAGACACACUAGUUGCUCAUGUAGACGGCCAUGGUGUCGUCGAUAUUGGGAAGAACGAAGACUGGAAAGACAUGAUGCUGGGGGACCAGAUGAUUAUUCGUGAUACCACUACUGUGGAUCCUAUUGAUGAAGACUCUAGAAAGUGGGCGCAGUAUUUCAACGAGGUGGUUGGAAAAGAUAACGUAGAACCUUCUCCAAUCGCCAGCAAGCAAGUAAAGGUGGAGACACAACCUAAAGCUGCAGACAAUGUCCGAAAGGACCUGGAGCAAACUACCGACGAACAGCUGCGACAGUUUUCCAGCAUGGCCGACAAGAUGAUGAAGCUGUUCCAAGUGACUAAGCAGGCCGGACAAACGGGCGGCGUGCCAAUGGUGGUCGGUGACACUCCUGGCGGGUCGCAGCUCAGCGGCAACUUCUGGUUGGAGCAGCCGCAGAUUCAUUUCAACUACUAUAACACCGAGAAAGGAUUAGGCCUUGCUCGUUCAGUCGAUGGGGUCACUUAUGGAGCCAAUGUCAUAUACCGCCCCACCGGCGAGAAUUCCGAUAACGUUCGAGAUGAGAGCUUCAACUAUGACAACUACGAUGAUCGUGUAUCCGCGUAUAAUAGAAAGGCACAAACUACGGACGACGGGAUGGCAAAGAAAUUGAAUAAAUUGGAAACGGACAUAAAAAGAAGUAAAGUUGGGUUCGAUGAUCUUGGAAGCGAGAUGCUGCAGACGCGCAGGGAGUUGGAACACGAGAUGCUGCGUCUUUACGACUACGUAAGGAAGAUCGGUGGUGACGAAACACCAGCACCAACAAAACAGCUCGGUUACCUGCCCGACACCGGAUCUCAGGUUCAAGAGUUAAGCGGAGCACAGACAGGUAAUGGGGCGAGUAGGAGGCGCGGCAGAAUGAUACACAACUGCAACUUUGAGAGAGGCGAUACGUGUAAUUGGAGCAACACAACCUACAAGGAUAUCAUCACGAGGAAGUGUUGGAUGCGGAAGAGUGGCUGCACACCCGUGCAGAAUACUGGCCCGUGCAGAGACCACACUACGAACAGCACACGCGGUCACUACCUCUAUAUGUCUGCAAUGCACUGCGGUGAAGAGGAAUACUCAGAGGUCAUCUCUCCCAUGAUCAAAUUCAACGCGGAUUCAGAAGGCCAUUGUUUAGAGUUGUGGUAUCAGAUGCAGGGUAGAGACACGGAUUUCAUGGCCGUGCACGUCGUACCUAAGAACCGGCAAGGACGCAGGAAGAUGUGGCACAUCCGAGAACGCUGGCAAGACCACAAACCCGCGGCGUGGAAAAUGGCGCGGCUCACCAUACCGAAGAUAUUCCGCUUCUAUCAGCUCGUAAUCCGGGGACGAUCACUGGGCGCUGAAGGCGAUAUUGGAAUCGACGACAUCACGAUAACCGAAGGACCAUGUUAAACCCUAUAUAAGCUAUAUAUAUAUAUAUAUAUAUAUAUGUAUAACACCCCGCAUUCUCAGAAGCUAGUCUACGUGUAAAACAGUAUGGCGUAAAGUAUCGCGUUUACGAAAGUAGGUUUAUGCUGUGCUGUUUGUAACUGGGCUAUUAGCUUAUAGCGGGUUACGAUCGAUGAGGCCAUCAAUCUUUGUGAAGGUAUAUACAUGUGUCAAUAUUACUCCCAAAUUACGUCAGAUAGAUGACACUAAUAAGGUCCUACAAAAUGUGUCAAUUAUACUUUGAUAUAAGCUUGUAAUAAGCUAGUGGAGCGUAGUUUAGGUCUACAGUUAGAUGUAAUACUCAACUUAUAAUCUCGCAUUGAUAACUAAAUAUAAAUGCACGGAAAGUAGUUGUCCGUUACGAA